CUUAGGAUCUGAAAAUGCUUGUGAAAAGACUUCAUUUAUGUUUCUGCGACAAGAGUUGCCUGUGAGAUUGGCAAACAUCAUGAAGGAAAUAAGCCUGCUUCCAGACAACCUCCUGAGAACACCUUCAGUUCAGCUGGUGCAGAGCUGGUAUGUCCAAAGUCUUCAGGAGAUCCUUGACUUUAAGGACAAAAGCUCAGAAGAUUCAGGGACUAUUCAUAGUUUUACAGAUACUGUGAUAAAAAUCCGGAAUCGACACAAUGAUGUAAUUCCUACGAUGGCUCAAGGAGUAAUAGAGUACAAGGAAAGCUUUGGCAUUGAUCCAGUGACGUCACAGAAUGUGCAGUAUUUUUUAGACCGUUUCUACAUGAGCCGCAUUUCAAUUAGAAUGCUCCUUAAUCAACACUCUUUACUGUUUGGUGGGAAGAUUAAUCCAGCUCAUCCCAAACACAUCGGAAGCAUUGAUCCUAGCUGCAAUGUUGUUGGAGUUAUUAGAGAUGGCUAUGAAAGUGCCAAGACACUUUGUGAUUUGUAUUACAUGAGCUCUCCGGAACUCAUCCUUAAAGAGUUGAAUGUUAAAUCGCCAGGACAGCCCAUGCAAGUGGUGUAUGUGCCAUCACAUCUCUAUCACAUGGUUUUCGAACUUUUCAAGAAUGCAAUGAGAGCCACCAUGGAACAUAAUGCUGAUCGAUGCAUUUAUCCUCCAAUUCAUGUACACGUCACGUUGGGAAAUGAGGAUUUAACUGUGAAGAUGAGUGAUCGUGGUGGAGGUGUUCCUAUGAGGAAGAUUGAUAGGCUGUUCAACUACAUGUAUUCAACAGCACCACGUCCACGUGUUGAGACGUCACGAGCUACACCUUUGGCUGGAUUUGGUUAUGGCUUACCCAUAUCACGUCUGUAUGCACAGUACUUCCAAGGAGACCUGAAACUGUAUUCCUUAGAAGGCUAUGGUACAGAUGCAGUUAUUUACAUAAAGGCCUUAUCAACAGAAUCAAUUGAAAGACUCCCUGUAUAUAACAAAGCAGCCUGGAAACAUUAUAAAGCAAACCAUGAAGCAGAUGAUUGGUGUGUGCCAAGCAGUGAGCCAAAGGACAUGACCACUUUUCGCAGUACAUAGCUUUUUCCUCAACAGUUCUUAGGAAGUAGGUAUGUCUAUAAAGAGAAUUGAAAAGACCUGAUUUACACCAAGAUGCUGAGCCACAUUUGAUAUGUGAAGGUAAUUUUAAGUGGGGUAACAGAAGGUUUAAUGUAACUAUUCUUUUUUGGAAUAAAAAACCCGCCAAAACCAAUAAAACAAAACCCAAGAAAACCCCCAAACCUCUACAUACUUUUAAAUUUUAAGUGAAAAGAUCACACUUAAUUUGUUCCACUUUCUAUUUAUUACUACUUUCAGUAGCUAAGUCAAUGGAGCAGUAAUUUCAGGUUUUAUAGGAACUAAUGCAAUCUAUAUCACAUCUGGUGAGAAAUGUAUUAAUUCAUAUAAUUACAGAAUUGUUUUAAUAGAAGAGCUAUUGAAAAAGCUCACCAGAGCAUUUUUCCGUUAUACAAUGUUACAGAUUAAUGAAAAACUCAUAUGAGAAAAAUUGAGGAGCUCAUUGCUAUACCUUUGCAUCUGUAUGGCACUUUCUAUUGUUUUAUCUUAAGCAUGCUGAAGCAUAAUUUUGCUAAGUUAGAUAUGUUGCCCAUACACCUUGCCUACAUCAAGGUUUUUUGCAGCUGUAGAAAUCACACUUAGAUUUGUCGGGAUGAAAAAAAACCCAGGUCUAGCUGCUACCACUGGUAUAAUGUAUCUCAGGUAUGUGGUAUCAGUCAUAUUUCUUUGGUUGUAAUGUGAAUAUCUAAUACAUGUGGAAAACUUAUCCUGCCAUGAUCAUUGUGAAUUAGCAAAUAGUGUUGGCUUGUGUACCAUAAAGAUGCGCUGUCUUGCAUUUGCUUAUAUUUCUGUAGGUAAUACCAAAACACAGUGUAUCAAUGUUCUAGCCCUAGUAACAUCUCAGACUUGGGUAUGUCAGGUUACAACUGUAAAUGGAAACUUCUAAUAAACAGAUUUUUAAAAUUU